GGCCACAGUCUAACACUAACAACAGUCUAAAAUAACAUUUUUUUUUAAUUACAAGAAAUACAGAGCAAUACAAAAGUGAAGAAGAGCAAAACGUGGAACGCCAACGAUCCUCCAUCCCUGGUCGUACUUUCGCGAAUUCUCCCCGGCUUCCCACUUCUCAAUUCCUCUUAAGCCAUUUCGGCUGGUUCGAUUUAUCCCCGAUUUUGUAUUUUGGCCUGGACACCUACACAGAAACUCAUUUAAUAUGGAGGAAGCUAUGCUGGCCGUAAUCAAUGGACUUAUGGAUCCGGACACAGAACGGAUUCGCCAGUCGACGGCCCAGUUGAUGAAGGCCUAUGAGAAUCCCGAUACCUUCUUGUGUCUCACUCAGAUCGUAAUUUCGGACAAACCGAUCCCGGUGCGUCGGUAUGCCGCCGUACUCCUCAAGAAGCGGUUCAACAAGCUGCGUCACUGGCAGAUGGUUCCUGCCGAGCAUCAAAAAGCCAUUAAAUUGACCAUGCUGCAGGUCCUCGCCAGCGAACAAGAAAAAAACGUUAGGAGUGCGGUAGCCCAGUUGAUUGGCAACCUAGUGCGUCACGAGGCGGAAAAGGAAGAUUCCUGGAUGACAGAAUUGCUUAAGUUCAUCUACGAUCGCUGCAGUAGUUCCAAUCCGAAGGAGAGGGAACUUGGCGCCUCAAUUUUCUCGAAGCUAACAGAUUCUGCUCCCGACCAGUUUGCGUUACACAUGGAGACCAUUUUUCAGUUGUUUGCGGGUGUUCUAGUAACCGCCGAGGCGUCCGGCGACCUGGCUAAUCUCGCAGUGUAUGAUAUGCUAGUAGGCACAUGCUAUCUGUUGCCGUUCGUCAGCGGACAUAGUGGUGCGGAGCAGACGGUGGUUAAGGCGGUGCCGCUGAUCCUCAAGGCAUUGCAAGCGUUCGCCGAGAAGGGAGAUAGUAACCAGUUUAUGGGCGCUUUUGAUAUUAUGGACGGUAUUUGCGAAUAUGUGCCUCAUUUGCUGACCAGUAAUGUCAAGCAGCUGCUGGAGUUUUGCCUACUUACAGCGAGAAACAAGAAGCUCGAUGAUUCAAUUCGCGUUCAGGUAAUAUCCUAUGUGGGCAGCCUAAUGCGCCUUAAGAAAAAAGUGAUCAUGAAACAGAAACUACUGGAGCCCACCUUAGCCGUUAUUUUUGAAGUGAUGUGCGAGGACACCAACGAUGAAGACGAUGAUUACUAUUCCUCGGAAAGUUCCAAUACCCCGGCAAAAACAGCCACACAGACCAUGGACCUAAUGGCUCUUCACAUGUCGCCGGAGAAAUUCAUUCCGCCACUGCUUCAGCUGUUGGAGCCUGCAUUGCAGAGCCCGGAUCCUAUGUGUCGGCGCUCAUCUUUUAUUUGCAUGGGCGUCAUUGCCGAGGGCUGUUCGGAUGCCAUCGUACAUAAGUAUCUGGAGAUCAUGCUUAACAUCAUCAAAGCCGGAAUUGCUGACUCCGCUAUGAUGGUGCGCGUUGCAGCAUUCUUCGCUCUUGGCCAGUUCGCUGAGUAUCUGCAGCCAGCAGUUUCAAAGUUUGCGUCCCAGAUUCUGCCCGUGCUGUUUGACUAUCUAAGCCAGCUGGUAGUAGAACUUAAGAUGGGUCAGCCGGAACCGAAGCAUAUGGAUCGAAUGUUCUAUGCUCUGGAGACCUUCUGCGAGAAUUUGGAACAGGAUAUUGUUCCACAUUUGCCCAUCCUAAUGGAUCGUUUGUUUGGAAUAUUGGAACCCCAGCACUCAAUGCGCAUACGUGAACUAGCUUUGUCGUCCAUCGCGUCGGUGUCUAGUGCAGCUAAAACGAACUUGAUGCCAUAUUUCCCCAAAAUAAUGGUCAGUCUGCAAGCCUGUCUCGUAAAGGAGUGUCCGCCGGAAAUGGAAACACUACGCAUUCAAGCUAUCGACACACUUGCUGCGCUAAGUCGCGAUUUGGGAAAGGAGAACUUUAUUCCACUUGCCGAUGACACAAUGAACUUUUGCCUGAUGAUGCUGGCAGAUGGACCUGACGAUCCAGAUUUUCGGCGGGCCAUAUAUAAUUUGAUUGCUUCCCUGUCAUCAGUUGUCAAUGAAAGCAUGGCCACUGUUUUCCCCAAAAUCAUAGAUCGUAUAUUGGAGUCUGUCAUUUCUUCGGAGGAUGUUUUACCGAAUUUGUCGGAUAGCCCUGAGAGGGAUUUGAUCUUGGGAUCGGGUAAUGAUAUCGAUCUUGAGCACACAGACGAUGAGGACGACUCUGAGGAUCUGGACGGGUUCCAAGUAGAAAACGAUUAUGUCAUCGAGAAGGAGGAGGCUAUUUUGGCACUCAAGGAAUUUGCUGAACAUACGGGAGCUGCUUUUGCACCGUAUUUGCAGUCGGCGUUCGAGAACGUCUACAAGAUGAUCGACCAUCCACAGGACGAUGUCCGAAAAGCGUGCGCCGAUGCCCUCUGUGGGUUUAUCGUGGCUCUUAGUAAAUUGGGAAAUGAAGCCGGCUUGAAGCUCGCUUGCGAGAUUGCCAUUCCAAAGUUCGCACAUAUGUUGCGCACUGACGACGAUGUGGCGGUUGUCGUUCACCUGCUUCAGGGACUCGCCGAUCUCUUUAAGGAUGUUAAGGCCCCGGCCAUAACCAGCCAGGAGCACGCUGACUUAAUCUUUGGCUGUAUUAGGGACAUCUUUGUCAACAAAAUGGCGUGCCAGUUUACUGAACAAAGCGGCGGCGGCGAUGAGGAGGAUACUGAGGACAGCGAGUACGAGGAGUUGCUAAUCGAAAAUGCUGCCAAUCUUUUGCCAAUGUUUGGCUAUACUCUACAGCCAGAAUCUUUCUCGCUAUACUUCGGGCGUCUUUACCAAUUCUACAUCCAAAAGCUGGCUAAGGCGAAAAAGCAAGAUAUGACAGAGCACCGGAUUUACAUCUAUGGCUCUCUGGCUGACUGCUUCGUAUCGCUGAAGGGUUGUUCUGCUACCUAUUUUGACGCCCUGUGCCCACUGUUCAUCUCAGGUACCAAGGACUCUAAUCAAAGUGCUCGUCAAAACUCAUAUUUCGCCCUGGGCGAGCUUGUCUUUUUUGCUGAAGAAAAGUCAUUCGAAUCAUAUCCGGUCAUCUUGCAUGCUCUUUCCGAGGCAAUUGUCACUGAAUCGAAUGCUGCCGCAAUGGACAAUAUUUGCGGAGCAGUUGCGCGCCUGAUAGUCACCAAUCAUCAGGCGGUACCGCUUGGACAGGUCCUUCCCGUGUUCCUUAACCAUUUGCCGUUAAAGGAAGAGUUUGAGGAGAACGUCAUGGUUCAGAAGGCGUUCCGCGUGCUCUAUUUGCAGGCUCGCCCCAACAUUGAGGCCUAUCUUGAGCAGAUGUUGAUCAUCACUAUUAACUCGGUUUUCCUGAAACAAAUUCCAGACUCCGAAACAACCGAGAGCGCAGUUGCUUUCAUUAAAGAGAUACGCGCUCAGUAUCCGGACAAGUUUAACGCAGUAACGAACUCAAAUCCGGAGAUUUUUAAUUAUGUGCAAGCCCUGUAAGCACACAUAUUCACAAAUGCCACUAAAUAUCCCGGCACACCACACAUAUGCGCUUGACCUAAUUCUAAUCCUCCUACGACCUUCGUCCCCAGACUCAUCUAUUGGAAUUGAUGCAGGUGACGUGAGGGAAUAUUUUAAAGAUCAAGCUCGGAACUACAAUUGUGCUUCUGUGGCGUUAAACUUUCACAAAAUGUUAUAUUUAAAAUUUCAAGUUAUAGUUUUUCCCCAGGCUCAUCUAUUGGAGUUUAUGCAGCUGAAAGUUAUAUUUAAAAUUUGAAGUUAUAGUUUUUCUAAAGCGAAAGACAGCGGAUAAAUGUUUUCUAAUUUAUAAAGGCAUCCAGUGACACAUGAAUAUGUAUUGAAUAGUCUGAAAUAAACGAACCAAUAAA